CGACUUUGGACCAUCAACCGAUUGGUCCGCAACGAAAAUAUGUUGCUACUUUGAUCCAGCGACAAAUAACACCAUUUCGAAUAUUCCAGCCAUGCUGUGUGGACUUCCCAGUAUUACGUCGGCGGCUGACCACGUCGCAUGGACUGUGAAUUCACUUCGAAAUCGGAUUCAGCCGAUCUGCGAAACGUACGGAACUUCAAAGUGCUGUGUACGAACUCGUGAACAUCGUAUGGUGAUUGACUGACGACCAUAGAUUUUCCACGUCUCAUCCUCUAUCUCGAUCGGGAAACUGAUCGAGUUACCUUGAUCGGAGAACGCGGGAGCCUUUCGUAAUUUUACUUAUUCGUCGACAAACAAUCGUGAAGCCGGCAUCUUUGUGUCCAUAAGUGCUGCUGAAUCACCCAAAUUAUCAUCGUGACAAAAUAAUAUAAUGCUAUACGAAAUAAUGCUUACGUAAUAGUAAUAUUAUCAGACGAAGUGAAAGGAAACGCGUCCCGACCUUGGCAGACAACACACAAUACCCAGAAUGUGGAUAACGCAAAUAUUCCAUCCGAAAUCAUCAAAUAUGUAACAUUACAGCCUACAGACGAACCUCAAUCACAGAAGGAGUUCCGAAGCAACCCUGGAUACAGGAUGACGACCCAUAUCACAUCGAUGGUGGUGGACUAUCUGGUGUUCAUCGGAUUCAUCGUGAUUUCCUUCCUAAUACCGCUAUGGGGGAAUUUCAAAACGAAGAAAAAGGAGACAAAGGCAAAUUAUGUGUUUGCCACCGGUACCGUGUCGAUGGGCGCAAUGAUGUUAUCAAUCGCACGUGGGACUCUCGGUGUCAGGUCCUUCCUGGGUUAUCCUUCGGAGCUGUAUUAUCGAGGUAGUGCCAUGUGGGAGACUCUGUACGGGAUGCUCUUGGCAUAUCCCAUCGUCUGUUUCGUCUUCGUACCUGUUUACUACAGCCUCGGUAUUACAUCAGUCUACCAAUAUUUGGACAUGAGGUUCAAGUCAAAACUAGUCAGAUGUUUGGCGAGUUUCUCUUACGUUAUACGGAGUCUCCUGAAUUUGGCGGUCACAGUAUUCACGCCUUGCGUCGCGUUGAAAGCGGUAAUAGGUCUUCCGUACUGGGCUAGUAUCGUGGGAAUAACGACUAUUUCCGUGGCUUUCACGAUCAUAGGAGGUUUAAAAGCCGCUAUUCUAUCGGAUGUUAUACAAGGCCUGGCAAUGAUUGGUGUAUCUGUGGUAAUCAUUAUACAGGGAACUAUCAAUGUUGGCGGACCAGCUAACGUCCUCAAUGUAACUUACGAACGCGGACGAUUGGAUUUUUUCAAUUUUGAUAUGGAUCCGACUCUUCGAGUAACGACAGUGUCGGCGACAGUAGGGCAGCUUUUCAUGAGUUUAUCUAUUUUCGGAUGUCAGCAAAAUUUUGUUCAGAGAUAUUGCAGUAUGUCCAGUCACAGAAAGGUUGUCAAAACGAUGAUGGCCAACAUGCCUAUAAUCAUAGUCUUAUUUUCAUUAUCUUGGAUUGUUGGAAUGGUAAUUUUUGCUAAUUACGCCGACUGCGAUCCACUCAGUCUGGGAUAUAUUUCCAAGAUCGAUGAAAUUGUACCAUUCUACGUCGAAGAUCAAUUUUCGAACGUCCCCGGAAUGUUUGGUCUGGUCAUGGCAACUCUCUUCAACAGCGCCUUGACUUUGGCAGUAUCAAAUCUCAAUUCUCUCGCGACGGUGACUUUCGAAGAUUUUCUGAGUCACAUACCGGCGAUGAGUGAUCUGAAAGACACGCAGCAGCUUCAUGCGAUCAAAAUAAUCGGUGUUAUCUAUGGUUUGCUAAUAAUCGGCCUUAGCUUCUUGGUAGCCAUGCUAUCCGGCGUAAUAGAAUCUUCUAUGCUGAUGACGUCAGCGACAUCCGGACCCCUUCUUGGUGUAUUUCUCCUCGCUAUGUUGAUACCAUGUGCCAACUGGAAAGGUGCCGCCGCUGGCAUGAUUUUUAGUCACGUAACGACGAUGUGGAUCACCUUCGGUCAUCUCAAUCUGGGUACUGUCACCGAGAUGCUACCUCUGUCUACGGAGAAUUGCCAUAACGAGACGUUUUCCUCAUGGGUCACCAAACCGAUUAGUCUAGAGUAUUCUACACCGAACAUCUCUAGCUGGACGACAAUUCAGGAAAAUGUAACGCUACCUAAUCUGUCUGUCAACGAGACCAAUAAAUCAUCGAAUCCUUUAAAUGUUCUUUAUGGGAUCACCUAUAUGUAUUAUGCUCUCAUUGGUAGCAUAACGACGGUUGGCGUUGGUAUCAUCGUGAGUUUAAUUACGGCCGAUGCGGAAGCUGACAAGUACGAGGCGCAUUUGCUGCAUCCUAUGGCACGAAAGAUAGCGGGAUUAUUUCCCGGAAAACGGAGGCUCUACGCCAGCAACACUCGUCUUGGGAAUAAAAACGAUAUAAACGCCACGAAUGCAACUCUUUCCUCGAUGAUGUCUAUUCCCGAUAGUGUCGAGAAAGUAACUUGUCCUCAAGGAUGCGUCGAUGACAGGGGAAAGCUACAUUUAGAUGAAGGCUAUGUAGAGAAAUUGAACGCGCUAAAGAGUGCUUCUCUCGAUGUAACUAAUGAGAUCGGUAAGCAUACUAGGUUGUAAUACUGUAUAAACGCAAGCUCGCGAAUGUUCUUCAUAUACAUUAUUCGCCGCAGUAUUACCAUUGGAUCGAAAAUCUCAACACUUGCGAAAGUAGGGAUAUAUACUGUGAUGAACUCAGCGAGCGCGAACAGUUGUGUAUAUGUUAGUGCCAAAUUUUAUUAUCCAAACAUGGUACAUGUGGGUUUGUGACCUGUGCGCGUGAAACGUAAUUACGCGUAAGCAAAGUUUCCCUCAAUUACAGAGUGCUCGAGCUACUCUCACAUUCAGCUCAAAAUAUCGUUCAAAUGAAGGCAAUUCAGAAACGUAA